AUUGGACGAGAUUCAGCAUAAUUAUUUUGACCAAUCAGUAUCCAGUAUUUCUCAUUACCCUGCUGACUCAGAAAAUGACUAGCCUUCCCGAUCAAUUGCAGCUACUACUAGAUCGCCAGCAACAGCGUGUUUUGGACUAUUUACGCUCGCUUCUGCUAGAUCUCCCAUGUUUCGGAGAUGUGAAAGAAACUGAUGAAUUCAUUUCUCACUUACAAACUGAACUCGAGAAUGACUGCAGGACAUAUGAAGAUAAAAACAAAAGCCUCUAUGAAUCCCUUAUGAUCAAUAAUGCAAAUGAGGCAGUCGCUCAUAAUCCGUCCAGCGAUCCAGAAGAGCCCAAUUCAGAAGCAUGCCCUGUUGUGGGUUCAAAUCCCACUGUGCCUGAAACAUGUGAGGUAUCCAGCUUACAAGAAGAACCCCUCGUGCCAGAAAAUGUUUCCCGUGCAUCAAAUCAUGGUCAGAAAUCCAAUACGAAUUUCAAAGAUGCUGUUUAUGUUAGUGACCUAUUACCCACUGACGAAAUUUUGAAGAGGUCUGAAGAAUAUGUUGCACAAGAAUCAAACCUUAAUGACCUCAUGUCUGGUGUCGCUAAUCCUCAUCAUCUAGUCAGUUUUAGUGAACCCUCUACUCAAUGCGCGAAAUAUGCUUUAAAUAGAGUCAGACUAACUGUUACUUGGGUAUAUGAGGACCCAACGUUAUUUCGCGGGGGAGGACGGACGCAGAAAAUUUUAAAGCGCAGAUAUGAACUCCGGAUCUUUCGAAAAAGGGGAGGUGUUAGGUAGUCGGGAAAAUAGACCAAUAAUUAUGAUGUUAAGUCCAAUGGUGUCCUUGGACCUUAAAUGUACAUUUCCUAUUGGUCGAUAUUUGUUCACUUGUUAAAUAUUGUACAAUGUUAUUUUCUACUUUGUGGUACGAUGUGGUUUGUUUGCUUGGUA